CUAAAGGAGGCCGUUAAAAUGUUCAGAGACCUCACCAAAGAAGUGCCUCCAAUAAUGAACGUGCUCAACAUACAUGAGAAUUUAAUAGAGGUGCUCUUAGAAAUGCAGGCCUAUGCAGACGCACAAGCGGUCUUGGCAAAAUUUGAUGAUAUCAGUUUACCAAAGUCUGCCACAAUUUGCUACACGGCAGCAUUAUUAAAAGCCAGACAGGUUGCAGAUAAAUUUUCACCUGAUGUAGCAAGUAAAAGGGGCCUGACAACGGCAGAGAUGUCAGCUGUUGAAGCCAUACACAGGGCUGUUGAGUUUAACCCCCAUGUGCCCAAGUAUUUAUUAGAAAUGAAACCGUUGAUAUUACCUCCUGAGCACAUUUUGAAACGUGGUGAUUCAGAAGCUCUAGCAUACGCCUUUUCACACUUAGCACAUUGGAAAGCGAGCGAGGGUGCUCUCAGGUUACUUCACUGCACAUGGGAAGGUGCUUUCAGGGCUCUACCAUAUCCUCUAGAACGGGGCCACUUGUUCUACCCGUAUCCAGCAUGCACAGAAUGUGCAGACCGGGAACUCCUACCUGCUUUUCAUGAGGUGUCAGUGUACCCCAAAAAGGAGUUACCUUUCUUCAUCAUGUUCACAGCCGGUCUGUGCUCCUUCACAGCAUUAUUGGCCCUUCUCACACAUCAAUAUCCUGAAUCGAUGGGUAUGUUUGCAAAGUCUGUACUCGGUUGGUUGUCUUUGCCAUUUGGAUUUCUCCUGGACAAAUUGGAAAUGGUCUUGCCGAGCAACCUGCUGCAACAGCUAUCACGGAUAUAG